AUGUAUAUCGGCUUAGAAGCGCUUAAAUAUUUUUUUGAAACCAUGAAAUUUUUUCAGGAUGAAAAUGGUACUUUAAUGCUUGAUCCUUCUGUACUGAUAUAUUGUAGUGCAGAUAUUGAUGCAAUAUGUGCGGCGGAAAUAUUUAAGAAAAUGUUUUUUUUAAAACACGUAAUAUGGAGUCUGACACCUAUUAGAUUCAGUAAUGAUUUUACUAAGAGUGUUGAGAAACCAAGUCCACUAGCGAAAUCGUUACGAGCAAUUAUUUUAUUGAAUGUUGGAGGAGACAUUAAUAUCCCCGAAUUUUUUGAUUUAAAAAAUCAUUUAGAAUUAAGUGUAAUAGUGAUUGAUAGUCUAAAUCCAAUUAAUCUACGGAAUCUUUACGAAGAUACAAAAAAUGUGUUUUUAUUAUUAAAUGAAAAUUCUGCUGAUGAUCAAGCAUUAUUAGAAAAGGCACUUUCGAAAGAACGUAAAGAGAAUCGUAUGAUACCUGAUGAUGUUGAUGAUUACGGAUAUCCAAUAAGGAAUGGGGUAUCAUUUGGUUCGUAUAAUCAAAGAGGAAUAAGACCGCCAAAGAGAGAAAAAUAUGGACCAUCAAUUGCACUGCAGACUUACAUUCUUUCAUCAAAAAAUUUAUUAAAAGACAAUGAUAUGCUAUGGCUCGCCAUAAUAGGUCAAACGAGUCUUUUCAUAUCACGAAAGAUUGUAUUUGAAGAAUAUGAAGAGACAAUAAAAUUUAUAGAUGCCGAAGUUUCGGAAUUAAAUGAUAUUUCAACAAUUGAACGUGUUCAUAGAUUUCAUGCUGUACCUUCUCACCCUGGAAUGAAACUUAAAGGAAAUCAACCAACAAGUUUAGAUCGAAUGUUAAGAAAUUUGGGUAUACCGUUUAAAGCGGCGAAACAAUUUUUUCCAGCUAUGGAUAUUACAGCAGCCAAAUCAUUUGCUACAGGAAUAGCAACGGAAGGACCAAAAUAUGGAUUUAUGAAUCCUGUUUAUGCUUCAUAUUGUAAAUUUUAUGGUUAUGGUCGACCAUCAUUAUCGGCUAGUGAUGUGGUUUAUGGAUUAAUUACUUUAUUGGAAAUAAAACAAUCAGCUUCGAUAGAAUUUAAUGUUGAAGUUCAAUGGAUAAAUGAUUAUGAUGGAAAUGAUAUAUGGUUAAAUAAUUUUUAUACUGCUGUGGAAGCAUUAAAGAGCCAAACAGAAAUUAAUUUGCUAUUAGAAGCUAUAAAUCUACGAAAAGUAUUACAACCUCAUUUUCUUGUUGAAAAAGAAAAAGAAGGUUUUAUACUGUAG